CAGGUAAGAGAGCCAUAAAAAACACAUAAAUACGAGUAUUACAACGUUCUUUUCUGCCUCACAGAUUUGUUUCCUUCUUUUACUCGUACCCCUUUUGUGCGGUGUCGGCGGGGCACCGGCCCAAGGAGUUGAUCCAAAUUUGAAGAGCUUCUACCACGAGGCGGACGACGAGGAGCAAAUGUUUUCCUACAAAACGAACGACGGCCAAUCACGCGAGGAAACGGUCUCCUGGGAUAAAGACACGGGCAAGAUUGUCAUCUCCGGGUGGUAUCGAUACCUCGGGCCGGACGGUGUCCUCUACACCGUGCAGUACGUGGCGGACGAAAACGGGUUUCAGCCGCUCGGCGCCCAUCUGCCCGGUGCCGAUCCGAAUCCAGAUUUGUACACCAUUUCUACCCCGUUCGCGGGUGGAAUCUCGAAAACCGUGCUCCUCUCGCUGGUUGGAUAAACCAGGCCGACCAGGUGGGCG